UCUCACACACACACACACACACACACACACACACACACACACUGUCUGCUUUGUUCUGACACGGAAAAUUGGAAUGCACACAAAUCACAUGAAGGACCUAAAGAACAACUUUAACUCUCUCCUCGGUGCCCAAAAGGAGAAGCUUAUUCAGGCGAUUAAAAAGAUCAAACAUGAAAUUGAUGAAUGUAACGAGGCUGAGAACGAGGCCUUUGUGGACGCACUGGAGGUCGAGAACAGAUUUGAAGCGAUAGAACGUGAAAUUCGAGCAGAGUUCCAAAACCUCCAUCGUUUCCUGGAUGAGGAGGAAGAGACAGACCUGGAACGGCUGAGGAAGGAAAGGGACAAACGAGUGAAGAUCUUAAAAGAGAGAGAGAAAAAGAUUGCCAUGCAGAGUAGAGACCUAGAGAAAGCCAUUGAGACACUGAACUGCAAACUGCGGGAAGAUGACAGCCUCAAACUUUUGAAGCUUUCAUUGUUUAUCUUUAUUAGAUGUGAGGUGAAUUUCAAUCGUCCUCCCCCAAUAGACAGCGAAAUUCUCUCCAGUCAGUUUGUGGGCCCCAUUCAGUACCGGAUCUGGAAACACAUGAAAACAUCCCUCUACCCAAACAUAUCCACGUUGACUUUUGACCCUGAAACGGCACAUCCGUACUUGACCUUGUCUGCUGAGAGAACUUCAGCGACGUUCGAGGAAGACAAGGUGCAGCCUAACGAGAACCCAGCCGAAAGGAACCCGAAGCGCUUCCACUUCUAUUAUUGUGUGAUGGGGUCAGAGGCCUUCACUUAUGGCCGUCAUUACUGGGAGGUGGAAGUGAAAGGAAAGACUGCCUGGCGAGUGGGUGUGGCCAGAGAGGACAUACCCCGGGGAGAGAUGGACUCUUCCUCCACGUUAAACGGACUGUGGACACUGUCCCUCAGAAAUGGCUUGAUCACAGCCUGCACCCACCCAAAGCCCACAAAGGUGCUCUCAUACACCCUCCCCAUCCGCAUCGGCAUCUUCCUGGACUGUGAGAAGGAGGAGGUUUCUUUCUACAAUGCUAUCACCAUGACGCCACUCUUUUCUUUCUACAUGGGGACUGUUCUAGUGCCGCUUUAUCCAUUCUACAACCCAUGUGACCGAGAUGAAGGCAAAAACUGUGCACCUCUUUCCAUAUUCCAUCCAUCACUCUGAGGGAUUGACAAGGAUGUUUGGUUUUUCCACCUAAUGCUGACCUAAUGCUGACACAGUUUGAAAUGCGGAAUUCUGAUCACCUUGAAACUUGUAUGCCUUUAAAGCUAGAGAGCAGUUUUUUAUGUGUAGUUGUGUUUGGAUAAACCGUUUAUAGUAACACUAAAUAGCAGCUGUAUC